UCCUCCGGCGCACCGCGGCCUGCACCCGCGGCUGCCCUCGGCCGGCUGUCCCGGCCUCGGCCCUGCGCCCUGUCUCCCCCUCCGCCAUUACCUGCCCUGGGACCCUCAUUCGGGUUCGCUUGUGCUUGAGGAAGGUUUUGACUCGUCCCUUCUGCAGGGCGUCUUCCAAAUCUUUUUCUGGCCUAAUUCACACUUAACUUACUAGAGUUGCAACCUUUCUAUUUUCACUAUUUCUGGAUACGUAUUUUACUCUUUGAAGGCUGCCUUUCAGGCUUCUGUCGAGCGGAAGGAAACGGCAUCUAACUGUGCCAACUGCUUCUGCUGUUUUGGCGCUGCCUUGUGAGAAGUGGCAUGCAGGGUGCUGUCUCUAACUGCUGUCCACACCCCCACGUGCAAACACUUAUCUGUUUGGGCUGUCUCGUAGUUUCUUUGUAACCUGCUUCCUCAUGUUAGUGCAGUUCCGUAUUUUGAAUUAAAAUAUUGUUGUAAGGGAGGAAGAUAUUGCGCUGGUUGUGUGGUGUUUUUUUUUUUUUUUUAAAGCUUGCUCCUGCAAGAAUGUUCAAUGCAAUGUAAAACAGCAUAUUAAAGUAAAAAUUCAGUCAGUCCAAAUCCACCACCCAAAGAUAUGUGGCCCUGUGAAAGAAGCCACUUCUGGAUUCAGAACUCUUCCAUUGACAAUAAAGUGUUGAAAAUCACUGAGACUUGCAUGUACUGAAAGGAUAAUUAAAAAUGAAUUAAUAUAUAAAAUCUAGAAGACAUUCAAAACUUCUUGAGGCCCGUAGGAAGACUGAAGUUCCUCAUAAGGUGUGUGGUGUUUUUAUUUUUAGUGACAACCCUUUUCUCCUCUGCUUUCUAGCUUUCCUAAUGAUCAGGUCAAGCUUGUAUCUCAGUCUCUUCAGUGAAAAGAGCUAGUAGAGAUUCUUAAAAGUGCAAUCUUGGAUUUCUAGCAGUCCUUUGACUUGUCAUGACAGCUUACGUUCUUUGCGUACAGUAAGUAAAAUGUUAAAAGUAAGUUUUGGCCUUGGAGUUAGAUCUCAGCUGUGCAACUAUGGUAAGGUUUUUAAUGUCUGUCUUUUCUGUGUCUGGCUACAGAACAGCAAAAAACAUUUUGAAGGACUCUGGAACUGGGAAAAGGGCAACAAAAUGAAACUUUCACUGAAAAUCCACCAGUAACUUUGGGGUAGUAGCUACUGCUGCUGAGUACCUUGAAAGUUCUAAUCUGUGGGUUUAAACACAUUAAGCUGAUUGUGUUCAGUCUGUGUGAUGCUGAGUAAAGAGAAGUUGUUUAUUAUUAGCUUGAUGAAAAGCUUGCAGCAUGCCAUUAGACAAGGGUGAGCUCCCCUAGGAACUGCUUACAGUAGAUGAUUGUGUUUUGUUUUAAGGUGUAUGUGGCUUGUCAGUCGAUGCUCAUUGUGCUUGUGGGAGCUGCGCCUGAGUACCGUAUUGACCAAGAAGAAAUUCCGUUUAGCAGAGCUGAGCUUGCCAAACACAUCCAUUUUGCAGAUAACUUCACAUCUAUAGUAACUGAGUGGUACCUAAUUGAAAAAGAAGCCUACAAAGUGAGCCUUGCAUCUUCCCUGUUUUUUGCUGGAUUGCUUAUUGGAAAUAUCACAUUUGGCCCUUUAUCAGAUAAACUUGGUAGGAAACCAGUUUAUAUAUCAGGUCUAUUUUUUGAUGUCGUUUUUGGGUAUGUCACCGCAUUAGCACCGAACUAUGACAUAUUUGCAAUUUCACGUUUUUUUGUUGGAAUUGUGAAUGGUGGAAUGGCUCUUGUGUCUUUUGUCCUAACACAAGAAUAUGUAGGAAAAUCAUUUUGGUCAUUUACAGGUUCCUUAACUAAUUUGAUGUUUGCAGUUGGCAUUGCUGUUUAUGCAUUGCUGGGUUACUGUGUGAGAGAAUGGCGCUACCUUGCCUUGGUAUCAAAUACUCCAGGAAUCAUCUUCUUUCUUCUUUCUUUUAUGCUCCCAGAAUCACCGAGAUGGCUCUAUUCCCAAGGGAAAACUGCAGAAGCUGAACAUGUGUUGCAAUAUAUUGCUCUUGGUAAUGGAAAAGAGAGAUUGAAUCUCAAAUUAAAACCAACUGCAGCAACUUUGCGGAAGGGUGAAUCGGCACCUGGUAUUUUGAACUUGGUAAAACACCCAGUCCUUCGGUGGCGAACUGUUAUACUGAUGUACAUCUGGUAUGUCUGCAGCUUUGUAUACUAUGGGCUAACUUUAAAUGCUGGUGAAUUAAGAGGAAAUCUGUAUUUAAAUGUGGCUCUUUAUGGUCUUGUAGAAGUUCCGGCGUUUCCUCUCUGCAUGUUUUUUAUUGAGAAAUCCUGGUCUGGCAGACGCAGAACUAUGACCUCUUUUCUGGUAUUUGCAGGAUUUGCUUGUAUGUUUAGCAUGUUUUUACCAACAAAUGCUGGUUUGUUCUUCAGCCCCACUUUGUUAGCUUUGUGUGGAAAAAUGAUGGUCAGCGCUGCUUUCAACAUUGUGUAUAUUUACACUUCUGAACUGUACCCAACAGUACUGAGAAAUGCUGGCUUGGGUGUCUGUUCCAUGUCUUGCAGAUUUGGAGGCGUUUUGGCUCCGUUUGUGCCGUCUAUGAAAUCUCUUGGUCCUUCUGUACCUUUCAUGGUGUUUGGAAUCAGUGGAUUGUCAGCUGGAUUCUUGACUCUCCUUCUGCCAGAAACACUAAAUAAGCCAGUUGCAGAGAGCGUUGAAGAUCUUCAGAUUCCCAAAUACCAAAUGCUUAAAAACAAAAAGGCAGAGUAAACCAGUCAGAAGAAAAUACUUAAAUUUCCAAAGGUGCCUCUGGUGAAAAAUAAAGCUUCCGAGAAGGUGCUGUAACAGUUGACGGGCAGAGUCCUGAUGCGUCCUGAUAUCAGAAUGGGAAUUUCAGAGGAUUUUAUGUAUAAUGCUAUUUGCAGCAUGUUGAACGGUUUUAUGUGGAGUCAAAUUGAGAAGAUGGAAAAAAUUGAUCAAAGCUUGUGAAAAAGGUGACAAGUCUGUGCAUUAACUUAUGACUUACAAACAGACUUUGGAUGUUUGGACUCUUCUACAACUUCUUAAAAUGAUGAAGUAUUCAAUUAAUUUAUUUUACAAAAUGUAAUUGUUAGCUUCAGAUUAAGCUAUAGCGUUGCAGUUGUGAUAUGUAUAAUUUUAACAUUAGGUGGCCUUAUAUGUUCAGAUAAGCUGUAAUUGUGAAAAGUAACAGCACUCUCUACAUGCUAAUCUUCUCAAGACGGUCUUUUGGCUUUAAAUUACAGUAUACCUCACAGUAUGAAGAUACCAAAGAUUUUUACAGGUUAUUGGCCUUAGUGUGUCUAGCGUAAGAAACCUAGUCAAACUGAACGGGAGAUGUGAAAGGGGAAUAAAUGCAUUUUAGUGGGGGAGAAAGUAAUUUUUUGAUCCAGUUAUAUAUGAAAAGAUAUAUAAAGUUAAAAACAAUACUAUACUGGAAAAAAGAUAACAGCUUUUUGAGUGUGGGGAAAAGAGUAUUUAAAGGAGGAGAUGAAUACUUACAGUCAAAGGUUGCUGAGUUCUAGCUGCACCUCUGUAGCUAGAAAUUAUCAGAAAUUAUUGAUAUAUAUGUAAUAUAUAUAAUCAAAGACUUUUCCUAUAAGAACUGAAAAUUUCAGUUGUAGGGAGAAAAGGAAAAUUCUGGUUAACAGUUAAUAUAUUUACAUUUACAUACAGAUGCAUCAUGAAUGUUAGUUCUUGAUGGCUAGUACAAUUUUUUUUAUUAAAAAUAAAUUUAUUAAAUGUCUGUUAUGAAUGCUUCUUUCACUAGGAUGUUUACCCAGGCUUUUUGAAGAAUAUUUGCAUCAUUUUGAUUUUGGCCCAUUGUUUAAUGCAUCUAAUAAGAAAAGGCUGAUGAAGUGCCUCUGCAUUUUGACAGGUGGAAGGCCUGACCACCCAGAGCAGAAGAGCAGCAGCAGCACCUGACACGCAGUGUCCUUGGCCAGGCUUUCUGCUUCAGCUCCGGAGAUCUGCUGCCACUUGGCUCUGCUGCAGAUAUCCUUGAUCAGGAAUAGUAACAACGAACAGAAGCACUCGACCUGAUGACACACCUGGCAGUUUAAUGUGUUAUAUGGUGAGACCGGCGCAAUUUGCUUGGUGGCAGCUGCGGAGCCAGAGGUACAACUCGGUCAGAGCAACUCCCCUUCAAUAAGACUCUUACAGUUUCAGAGUCAAAAGUCAGCUGAACAUCCCAGACGCAAGUGUGCAUCUGCCACAUUGACCCAUGUACAUUUUAACACGAAACCUUUUUGAUUUUAACUCAAACCCAUGUGACCAAAUCCAUACUUCCUCUCACUUCAUCCCUGGGCUGCAGCACUGGUGCAUCUGGCUGAGGUGUGGGUGAGCUGUGGCGAAGGUGCCAAGCAUGUUCCUGUCACAAGGAAAGCAAAAUCUGUGUGUUGCAAAGCACAUUUAGGAGAGUUUAAGACUGUUGCUAGCUGUUGUAGCAGGUUAGGUAAAAAUUUUUUUAGGUCUCGAAAGCUGUAUCAGAUGUGUCCUGGUACCUGCGCAGCUCCUUGGUUCGGUAGCCCAAGAAAGUCAUGACUUAUGCGAGGAGAAAUGCCAAAGCGGCGGUGAUGCUGCUGAGCGUGGAUUUCCAUCGUCUCCAUCCAGUUGUGAAGAAAGAUGGCUAGAAGUGAAAUAAGGCCAGUAUUUGCUUGUUGUGUUUAUGCUAUGCUAAGGGGCCUGUUUUUUCCCUUUGGGGUCUGCGUGUUUCAUUAGCAGAGUUUUGCAGCAAGGAGGGAUAAUUGAAUAUAUUUUGGGCUGCAACAAGGAGUUCUUCCCUCUAAUACAAUCUUGUUUUUCAGUUUUCACUCUCAGCUUGCUGACAACAUGAUAAAAGAUACCGUGGUGCGUGUGGCUUGUUAAAUAGGCCCUUUACUUCCGAAGAUAGGUGGCAGCAUCUCAAGGAGAAAUUUCCUUCUGACGCUUGGUGGCAGCUAAAAGCUUAGACUGCAGCUCUGUCCCGUCACGGAGACGGGCAUAUGCGAAGCAUCUCCAAGCUCUUUCUCUAUGGUUUAGCAGUCCCAGAAGAGGAUCUGGUUCUAAGUGAAGCUGAGAAUCCUUUGCUCAUGUGGCCGAAGAAACCCAGGAUUUACGAGAGCGCAGCAUCGCAGUGCUGCUGCGAGAGCCAGCAGCGCUGCCGGGGAACAGUCGGCUCCCACGGCCUCCCUGGACCGAGCGGCUCCAUUUAUCGAGGGAAACACAAAUGCUUCUGCAGGGAUCCGUGUUCAUUCCUGCGUGGCUGAGGCCUCGUGUGGGCUGCCGGCAGCGGCGGGGGGGGGG